GUAGGCCGUCACUGGCAGCCAUAUUUGAUUCGAUUAUGCUGUUGUGGCUGCGACAACCAGUUCAACCAGUUCUCAAGUAAAACGGUGUUUUCUGUUUUUUUUCAUCCUCCGGUUCGAGGCGGAUUGAAGCUUCAGCCGCAGAAAGACUCAUCUGAUCCGCUCUGACAAAACAGACUCACCUGCGGCCUCUUCACCAUGAAUCCCGAGUAUGACUAUUUAUUCAAACUGCUGCUGAUCGGUGACUCUGGUGUCGGGAAAUCCUGUCUCCUCCUCCGUUUUGCAGAUGACACAUACACAGAGAGCUACAUCAGCACCAUCGGGGUGGACUUCAAGAUCAGGACCAUUGAACUAGACGGAAAGACCAUAAAGCUUCAGAUUUGGGACACAGCCGGACAGGAACGGUUCCGCACCAUCACAUCCAGUUACUACAGAGGUGCUCAUGGCAUCAUCGUGGUUUAUGACGUGACAGAUCAGGAAUCGUUCAACAAUGUCAAACAGUGGUUACAGGAGAUUGACCGCUAUGCCAGCGAGAACGUCAACAAGCUGCUAGUAGGCAACAAGUGUGACCUCACCACCAAGAAAGUGGUGGAUUACACUACAGCUAAGGAAUUUGCAGACAACUUGGGAAUCCCUUUCCUGGAGACAAGCGCCAAGAGUGCCACUAAUGUGGAGCAGGCCUUCAUGACCAUGGCAGCUGAGAUUAAGAAGAGGAUGGGCCCGGGGGCAACAGCUGGGUCCUCCGAGAAGUCCAACGUCAAAAUCCAGAGCAAGCCUGUCAACACUUCAUCUGGAGGCUGCUGCUGAGGUGCUGCAAAAAAAAAAGAAACAACGACAAAGCAAAGCACCACGACUUUAAACGAGCCCACAACCGAGUCUACAACCGGUCUCCAUGUUAAGAUGCUCCACGGGGGAGAGGGAGGGGGGAUAGAUGGGUAUGUAAAUGUUCAGAUUCCUGCUCACUGUCUCCACAGUAAUUCCAACACCAUGCUCGGGCUUUUUCUCUUUCUACACUUUUACAAGAAAUAAAUGAUUAAAAAAAUUAAUGUUUUAUGUUUAAAAACAAUAAUGGAAAAAUUAAGUCCAUCUGUUAAAUGACCAAGUUUUUGCAUCGCAGAACGUCCAGGCACCUCAGAAUGUAGCACACGCUUAAACCAAGACAAACCGAACAUUUCACACAGACACCUUUUCCCACCAAGGUUCCUCCUCAGCACCGCUCCAUACCACGACGACCCAGAAUCCUCACAAAAUGGGGUCCAGAUGUGUCCCUGCCCCGGUAUUUUAACAUUCCUGUAGUUCUCUGUUUUUCUGUCUGUUAUCUGUAACCGUGUGCUGCAUUCAUGAGACGUCCUGUUUCUCGAUCACAGUGCCACCUAUAAACUGUAUAUAUUUCUACACGGAUGUGACGGAAACGGCAGACAUCAGUUUCCUCCGUACGUGACAUGAAAAUGUUUUUUUUCUUUGUGGCAAGAAUGUCUACUAUUAAACCAAUGAAGGAGAUGUUUGAUAACA